CAGUCAGAAAGGUGUCGUACUCUAUGGUCCCCUGCUUCUUCUCUGACCACAGGGCCAUUCGAUUUCGGGGGACUCUGGGCCAUGGAUUCCCACCUUGCCCAGGCUCCUGGAAGUUGAAUUGUGCCCUGUUGGAGCAGAGGGAGGUCAUGGAGGAACUUAGGGAUGCAUACCUUGUAUGGCGUAAUGACAAAUGUCUGUUUAACUGCAUCAGCGAUUGGUGGGAAUAUGUUAAAGUCGAGUUCCAUUGUUUCUUUCAGGCAAAAGGUAGACAACAGGCGUGUGCGAAGAAGUGGGACUUCAGGAAACUGCAGCGCGAGCUGCGGUCCCUGCAGGACCUGCUCCAGUGUGGCGGGGACGUCAGGGAGGAGCUGGAGGAGACUAAAAAGAGCUUGAAAAGGCACUUUGAAGAGGAAUCCAAGCGAAUCGUCUUUCGUUCCAAGGUGGAGAACCUGGAGAAGGGUGAGAAGUGUAACUCUUUCUUUUUCAGGAAGCUCCAUGCUGGCCACACGCCCCUGACUGAGCUACGAGAUGAGACCGGACACAUGAGGAGGGGCAAGGAGGUGGUGGUGGGGGUCGUCUCCGACUUCUACAGCAACCUCUACGCCCCCAAGUCAUCCGACCCCGAAGCCGCCGAGAGGUUCCUGUCAGAGCUCUUCACUGAGACUAUCCGGCAGAAUGGAGAGAUCAGAGGGAUCACCGCACCAGGACCAGAUCGCUACGUGGUCAAGUGCUCGCUCUACAUGGACGACGUGACAGUCUUCUGUGCUGACUAGCGUUCGGUGACUGCACACGUCCAGACCUGCGAGGACUUCGGCAGAGCUUCGGGGGCAAAAGUCAACUGCGGGAAGUCGGAGGCCAUGCUCUUCGGGGAAUGGCACCUGGCUUCUUCUGCCCCCUUCCCCUUUACCGUUAAACCAGACUUCAUUCAAAUUCUUGGAGUCUGGUUCGGGAAGGAAGGAGCGGCCCUUAAGUCUUGGCAAGACCGACUAGGAAAGAUGAACUCUAAGAUCGGACUGUGAAGCUCCAGAAAGCUCUCGAUUGAAGGCAAGGCACUUGUCCUGCGGAGUGAAGUUUUGCCUGUGCUCCAGUAUACCGCACAGGCCUGGCCUCCCCAUACCACCGUUUGCAAGGCCAUCACCCGGACAGUGUUUUGCUUCAUAUGGGGCAAAAUGGACAGAGUCAAGAGGACUGUGAUGUACAUGGAGCCCCGCUAGGGUGGGAAGGGCUUACCCGACAUCCCCACUCUGCUGAGGGUCUCCUUUGCAUGUGUCAGCGUGCAGCGGACUCUUGUCGAAAAGACUGGCUCAGCGGGCAGGUCCAUGUCUCGCUUGUUUCUCAUGCCCCUCUGGAGACAGCUGGGCUGGGACAAGUGGGACAGCUCCAUGCCUUACAACUGGAACGCUCCCUGGUUCUAUGGGGAUGUUGUCCGGUUUGUGAGGGAGCACCAGCUGGAAGGACUGAAACCCGACCUAUGGAAGCCGAAGACAAUCUACAAGCUCAUCCGAGCUAAGGACUUGACCGAGCUGGUUCCGGGACUCCCCGCAGCCACUGCAGAGACAGUUUGGACUAAUGUGGCCUUAAAGCAGCUUACAAAUGGACACAAGGACUUGUCGUGGAUGGCCGUCAAGGGAGGACUCUCCCUGGGGUCAUUCAUGCAUGCCCGCAACCUGUGCACAACCCGGUACUGCCCCCGGUGCCCCUACGUGGAGGAAACAUCUUUUCACGUGUUUUGGCAGUGCCCCUUUGCACAGGGUCUGUUGGACGCCCUGGAACAUGAACUCAGAGACUCUGUACCCAGGAGCUGCCUAUCGUACCAUUCGGUGCUUUACGGUCUGUUCCCUGGGACCCACGAUGUGGAGGCCAUCCAGGAGGCCUGGCGCCUUAUGAACUGUUUUAAGGACGCAGUGUGGCUUGCCAGGAACCGCCUCGUGAUC